GUGUUUGGGAGCAACGGGUAUUUGCGGCACAGCACUGCCUCCGCAGCGGCCGCGCAGUCUGUAACUCGUUGUCACUAGCAAUCAUAUUCGUCAUCUUGUUCAACGACCAGGUAGCUUCAAGCAACCAUGUUUAGAGCAAAUCAAGCAAACCCUUAUGAUGACAUAGUAGCCAAGGCUACCGACGAGAAUUUGACGGGCGAGAACUGGGAGGUCAUUCUCAAUCUGUGUGAUAAAGUGCAGGAAGAGGGCGAACAAGGUGCCCGUAACGUGAUCGCAGCACUCUUGAAGCGGCUGGCCCACCGUAGUCCCAAUGUACAACUCUACGCACUCUCGCUAGGAGAGUCUCUCUCAAAAAACUGUGGUAUCGACCUUCAUCGCGAGCUUGCUAGCCGAGCAUUUACUGGGGCAUUGGAGAAGCUUGUUCUUGAUCGGACAACACACGAAAAAGUUCGUCGGAGGGCUCUCGGCCUCGUCGCGAUGUGGACGGCAGAGUUUGAACACGACGCUACUCUAGGAAUCAUGGAGACUUGCUACAAUAAUCUGAAAGCAAAGAACUAUCAAUUUGAAACUCCCUCCGAGCCAGCCCCUCCCAGCGUCGACGACGAGGCACGGCGACGUGAGGAAGAGGAACUUCAACGGGCCCUCGAAAUCAGCAUGCGUGACAAGGGCGGGCGGUCUACUUACGCACCUGCUACCUCAGCUGGUUCCUCUGGUGCAGCUGCAAAGCAUGCAUCCGGGUAUGUCCCAGCGCAGUCACCAAGUCCAAAGGAUCCCGCGUAUGCUGCAAAUAAUAGUAAACAUCCAAAUGCCAGGACAACGUCAGGAUAUUCUGCCACAAGUGGCGGAGUUCCAGCCAUGGCUGCCUCUUCGACAUCGUCACUGCCGUCCCAAGUCUCUACACCAGUAGUCACCCGCGUCCGCGCUAUGCACACCUUUGAGCCUACGGAACCGGGCGAACUCGCGUUUGAAAAAGGUGAUGUGAUCAAGGUGGUGGAUCGAGGCUACAAAGACUGGUGGCGAGGACAAUUGAAGGGACGCACAGGAAUAUUCCCUGUGAAUUAUGUUGAACCUCUCCCUGAGCCAACUGCUGCUGAGAUUGCGCGCGAGGCAGAGCAGGAGGCAGCUGUCUUCGCUCAAGCUGCGAAUGUCGAUCGACUGUUGACAAUGCUGAGGAGUCUGGAUGCUUCGAGAGAGAACCUAGCGGAUAACGAGGAGAUUCAGGAAUUAUACCGCUCAUGCAUGAGCCUCCGUCCCAGGAUUGUCAAGCUCAUUGACAAGUACAAUCAGAAGCGAGCUGAUUUGGUGUCAAUGAACGAGUCCUUUGUGAAAGCACGCACGAUAUUUGAUCGAAUAAUGGAAGACAGCCUUGCGCGUCACACCGCAAUGUAUGAUUCAGGUCCACAACCCUACGGAUACGGUUACGAACAACCCCAGCCAUAUGGGUAUGGUCCCAAUAAUGCUUAUCAGCAUCAGGUCGAGCAUCAACCACAAUCCCAGCCUCAACCUGGACCACCGCAACAACCCGACCCCGCAUAUGCAUACCAGCAAGGGCAAGUUUACGGUGCGCCCGUCGGUGGGGCACCGUACCCUCAGUCCGCACAGAUACCGUACCCACAGACUUCGCAAACGCAUUAUCCUCAGCAACAGCCUCAACAGCAACCGCAACCACAACCGCAACCGCAACUUCAUCCCCAACCACAACAACCACAGACACAACAAUCUGCUGAGUAUUCUCCCGGAGUACAUGUCCAACAGUCGCAGUCGCAGCCGCAGCCGCAGCCACAAACUCAGCAACAACCACCUCAGAGUGCUGGCCCGCCCUACGUUUUCGAUCCCAAUGCAACAUACCCAGAUCCCAACGCUCAAGCAUGGGCGCAAUACUAUGCGCAGGGUGGGACAGAUCCCGCUGGGGCGGUGUACUUUAUUUCAGUGCCAGGCGUAAGUGAUACACCGUCACCGCCAGAGCAAACCCCUCAAUCGCACCAACCAUCACUGGAUCCAUACCAAGCUCAGGCUCAGCAACUGCCUGCACACCAGGAACUCACGCGCCAAUCGUCGACCUCCCAGCGCGCAACGUACACGGACCCCAACCCCCAACAAAGCCAAUAUCCCUCGCAGCCAUACUACCAAGACCCUGCAUCUGCCCCGCAGGUGUCACCGACCAGUGCAACUGGUGGUAUAUCUUCGCUGCAACGGGCGUCAUCUGCGACUGCAGGUGUCCCAGUCACGUAUAGCUAUCAUCCUCCAUCGCAUCAGCAACAGCUCGCUCCAAUUGGACAGAGUGGAUAUGCUGGACCGGGGUCUGAGGGACAUGGGUAUGCGCAGCCGGCAAGCGAUGGUUACGAGGCGCCCACACCAGGUGGCUACGCUCAGAGUCCACCGUCAGGGCCAGGGUAUGAGAGUUCUCCGUCGGGCGAGUACCCUCAAGGCCCCGGAGCACGUGGUAAUGUGCAUACUUUACAAAACCAAUUUUUGGACAUGUCAAUUGGAGGUCCGCAGGCUGCGACUUCGUGAGUAAAAGAUGCAUGGAUGGAUGGACAAGUGUUUGUAAACGUUUCUAGGUGACCCUAAAUUAUUGUCUCAAAUCUGUGAUAUGCGAAUUAUUAUCGAAUUUUGCGGUGAGGGUAUGAACGUUGUAGGGUCUAAUCAUCGCACGUCCUUGAGACUGUUGGGUCAUCUACAGCUGUGGCCGGUCACGUUGUACUCUGUACGACUCAACAAACGAGCAAUCGGUAAACGCCUUCGCAUUUCUUUUGAUCUCCUGCGUUCAGAGGACAUUGAAAGCGUGUUAGCGGCACCAUCUU